AUCUGUGCUCCCCCUCCUCACAGCACACUUCACGCUGCACCACCGGACCACACACUUUCUCCUCACGCUCCAACCAAACGAAGGGAAAAUGGGAAAAAUCAACGGCUGCCUGAAGUGCGUGUUCAUCUUCUUCAACGUGCUGUUUGCUAUCAUCGGGUGUUUGAUGAUAUAUGCAGCAGUGCAGAGCACCGCUGCGGCAGCCCAGAUGUCGUCGUUCGGAGGCCCAGGCAUCGGAUGGAUUUGGGUGACCUCAAUCGGCGUCUUUGGCAUCUCCUGUCUGGGAAUCGGGGCCGCGUGCUCCGAGAACACCAUUGCCCUCAAAAUAUUUGCAGGCUUCAUGGGCAUUGGAAUGAUCAUCAUGUUGAUCUUUGGAAUUAUUUGGGCAGUUAUAAGAAGCAAGACAAAACAAGGUUUCCAAAGUGCCACUGAAGAGUUUGCCCAGCAGUUCAUGACAGAAGAAAACAACCGGGGUUUACUCGAUGGAAUCCAACAACCUCUCCAGUGCUGUGGAGUGGGGCAUGCCGAGGACUGGGCUGACACCAUUCCUGACUCCUGUGAGUGCUUGUCUUCAUUCAGCUGUAAACCAACACCUGCGGGCCGCUCCGGUCCAGCCCAGAUCUAUUCAAAGCCCUGCGGUGACAUCGUCUUUGGCAUGAUUGACAUCGUCUUCAAGGUGGCCAUGGGCGUUUAUUUUGGAUUUUCUGUUACUGCACUGUUCGGUCUGCUCAUCACGCUCCUCAUGAUCCAUCAGGUCUCACGCCACGACGGCACAGGAGGACAGUCCGUUGCAAUGAAAAGCUACUAAAGUUAGCGCUUCACCUCUGACGUCUGACCUUUAACCUUUGUGAUGUCACAGGAAGACACUGCUGAACAGGGUUUUUUUUUUUGAGCAUUUACCGAAAAAAAAAAGUAGAAAUACAGUAUAUGCUUACAGGAAGUUAUUUGUGACAUAAAGCUGUUUUUUUAUCUUUUUGUUUUUGCAUUAUUGAAAGUUUUCAUAUAAACAAAAGUUUUUUGUAUUUUUUUCUGUUUUGUGCUGAAAUGUAUUGAAUGUACGACACUGAUUUAACCUGAGGAGGUCAGAGAUGAUGAUGAGAUACAAAUUAUGAACUUUACAGACAAAAUGUGUCAAAAUGUUUUUAAGAUGCAAACAAUGUUUAUAAAAAUUAUUAACUUCGGCGUUCUGAAAGAUUUGAAGGUUCUGAACCUCCUCAGGUUGAAGAUGGAUCCAAAUAAAACCACAUUUUAUCUGAAA